AUGUUGAAAAACGGUUCAGAGGAACGUGAAUAUAAAUCGGAAGCCCCAUCACUUUCAUCUUUAUCUAGUAAAUAUAAUGAUCCGACAGUUUUGUCAUUUAAUCAGUCAUACAGAUCCUUUUGCUCAAGUUACAGCAACACUACAGCAUUGCUGAUAUCAAGCGUCCCAUUGAGAGAAAAGUUCCGCGCACCAAAGAAUCCGAUUGUCUUGUGCCAUGGAUUAUCAGGCUUUGACAAACUGAUUUUGAUUCCCUCUCUUACGCAAUUAACAAAGCUCCUUUAUAACCACUUGCAGGGUCUGAAUCGUGAAAGUUUCAUCGUUGAUCACAGUAAUAGUGAAGAACUGGGAAAUCGAGGUAUCCUUGAGGUUGAGUAUUGGAUUGGGGUGAAGGAACGCCUGGAGCAGAAAGGGUGCACCGUAAUUACUGCCAGCGUUCCUAGUUUUGGCAGUAUAGAAGAACGCGCCACAAUACUAAAUGCAUUUCUCGAGACAGAAACUCAAAAACUGAAGCAAACAGCCAGUAAAGGUCAGGUUUACAAUACAUCGGAAGAAAGCACUGAUGAGACUUUCGAAAAAGACGACAGAAUCAGACUGAAUCUAAUCGCCCAUUCGAUGGGUGGUCUAGAUUGUCGUUAUCUCAUUUCAAAGAUUCCAGAUAAAAGCUAUCAGGUUCUCAGUCUAACUACAAUAUCUACGGCCCAUCGUGGAUCUGAAAUGGCAGACUACGUGGUAAACCUAUCAGAGGAUCUUAGAAAACUCAUCGCAUUCGAGGCCCCGGUUAUCCUAUUACCACCAUGUUUCUACGAACUUACCACAGAAUACAUGAAGUACUUCAAUGAAAGAGUUCUGAAUGAGCCCGCUGUGUCAUAUUACUCAUAUGGGUCGUUUUUCAAGCCAAAAUGGCACAACGCUUUUUAUACUUCAUGGAAGAUAAUCGACAAUUCUUCUAACGGUAACCCAAAUGAUGGUUUGGUUAGCGUGCAAAGUAGCAAAUGGGGUCAAUAUCAGGGAACACUUGCGAAUGUGGAUCACCUGGACCUUAUCAAUUGGAGAAAUAAAAUUCGGAGAGAUAUCGGUAAAUUGCUUGAGAACACAAACCAUUCGUUAGAGCAAAAAGUGAAACCAGAUAUAGACAUACUGAACUUUUAUUUGGCCAUCGCAGAUAACCUCGCGUCCAAAGGUUUCUAA